CACACCCUCCUCUACCUGUCCCGUUGUAGUUCGUCGUGGGUUGUUUAAAUCAACGUCGCUCGUCUGCACAGCAAACACCGCCCCGUCCGAUAGUAUCCAAGCCACAAGUUCAUGCUAUCUUAUCUCCUCCAUGCGCCACACACACACACACACACACACACACUUAUCGCGCUCUGCGCCCGCACGCUCGCAACGCCCGCAACGCCCGCAAAAACACCACCCUGCCCACCUCUUGCGCCCGCACGAUCCAUACACUCGGGUUUAUCGUGCCUUUAACCCUCUCACCCCAACGGCGGGAUCUCUGUCGCGCGUGCAGCACCUAAUCGAAGGAGGUUUUUUCUUCUUAUUUUUCCUCCCCUUCUUCAGAGAUAAGCUAGGGGGGUGGUUUGGUUCUUCCCGAAAUCCGGGGAAGCGUAAGGCAGCUUGCGCCCGCACGAUCUCGGGAAGGUCGUGCAGCUUAAAUGUACAUCGUGAGCCGCAUCUUGAAUAUGACUUCAUUCUUCAACGUCUCUUUGACGACGUCUCCCCAACUUCGCUCCAUCGGCCGUGCUCUUUGCUUGCCAAGGGUGCCGGAAGAUGAGCUGCUUCCAAUUUCCCACUAGGCGCCCUCGCACGCCCCUCCCUCUCUUCCACUUCCACCUCUUCACUCUGACUGACUUCCGACUUUUCCCAUUCUUCCAUUCUCCCGCUCUCCCACCCUUCCACUCUCCAGCCCCAGCUCAUCCGUUCGCUCCGAUUUACUUUGCAUUACCCCCUUUGCCGACCAAGAGAUAGGGAA